AUGAAUGAUGUCGUGUCGGUUAGUCACUCUUCAAAUACCAAUGAUACUAUGCGUCAAUUGGAAAAUUUCAAAAAUGAAGAUUGGGAUCUUUUGAUUUCCCAAAAUUCCUGCGAAGUUUAUGUCUACUUAUUCAUAAUAUUGUGGGAUUCCACGCCAUUAUCUCCAUACAAAACUCGGAUUUUUGGUGAUCAAAUAGAGAGGAUGGGCUAUUUAGUCGUGAAGUUAUGUAAGAGGAAAGUUAUAAGUUUCGAUGAAAAAGAAACCAUCACUUUGUUUCUUUAUGAUUAUAAGCGUCAUAGGAUCUCAAAAGAAUGGGACAAAAGGAAUCAGUUGGUGAAAUUUUCCUGGAGUAAAAUAGAAUCUUACGGGUUAAAUGAUCAAGAAAAUUUUCAGAAACAAUUAGAAAAUCUAUGGUCGGAAGAUAAUAUAAAGUUGCGAGACAUUAUUUUUGGAAGAAUGGCUCGCCUAAUAAAUAGGCAGAAGAAAAACAAGGUAUCGGAUGAAUUACUUGAAGAGAUAGAGAGUUUGAAAUCUCAAGUUAUCGACUUGCAAAAAGAAAGUUCUCAAUAUCAAGCGGCAUUGGGAAGCUUAACAAGCGUAAAUUUGAAUGACGAAGAUCCCAACAAUGCAGUACAAAUAGCAAGAAGUAUUCGAACACUGCAGUAUUCCCUCGCAGAUUUAACCAUGGUCAAAGGUUCUGACUACGAAAUUAACCAAGAAAAAUGUGCAGAACUUUUACGUUAUUAUAAAUGUUCGGCAACGACUGAAGAAAGAUUGGUAUUGUCUGGAGCUAUUCAACGGUUGAUCAUUGAGACGAUUUUCGAGGAGACAGAUGGUUAUUUCCGUGAGGUCGAACAACGACUGAAUAAUCCUCCGUCCGAUUGUAGCGUGGAAGACACCAUUGAAGUAGAGUUAAUUAUAACUUCCAAAAGGUUGGCUGCUGCGACUGAAAGUUUUGAUAGACUGCGCCCAGGAAAAGACCUUAUGGCGUCCGUUGCAUCUACAAAAAUUUGUCAACAGAUUAAUGCUAUUCUUGGUUCUCGUGCCUUUUCGAAUGAUUCUAAUCAGCUAAUCACGAAAAUUUCAAAAAUUAUCGUGGAGAAGUUGAAUCACCACCGAAAAAUUCUUGAUGAUGAAUUAAAAAAUGAUGAUGAAAGAGAUAUUGUCCAACUUGUUCGUGAUAUUAUUCAAUUAUUUUAUUUUAGAUUCAAGGCUCAACCUAAAAUGAUCGAAUGGAAAUUUUAUGAUAACGGAGAUAGUGUGGAUCCCUCGUUCAUGCAGAGUUUAAAGGGAUUUAGGGAUUUAACGAAACAAAAGGUUGAGAUUUGCAGCUUUCCAGCAAUUUUCAUAAGUGAAGAUGAUAAGGUAAAGGAGGUUAUUUCAAAGGCUCAAAUUAUAGCUACUUAUAAAGAUUAUUUGUAG